UUCCACUAGAUGCAGAGGGGAGUUGCAUGUAUGCCCAGAGACUGGUGCUCACUGUAGCAGAAUUGCAGUGCACUGGACUGAGCAGAACGAGGGAGCAUCCACAUCGUCUAUGAGGGUGGGGUCCGGCUGGUUUGAAAUCACAAACACAGACAGUCAGAAGGAGAGAGAGGCGCUGAGAGAAGAGGAGGGAGAGAUAACACCAGAAGAGGAAUACAACAAGGGAUGAAAGGAGAUACCCCAGUGAACAGCACCAUGAGUGUCGGACAGGCCCGGAAGCUGGUAGAACAGCUGAAAAUUGAAGCCAGUUUCUGCCGCAUCAAGGUUUCCAAGGCAGCAGCGGACCUGAUGGCAUACUGUGACGCGCACGUGUUCGAGGAUCCUCUGAUCACCCCGGUGCCCACCUCGGAGAACCCCUUCAGGGAAAAGAAGUUCUUCUGCGCUCUCCUGUGAUUGGCACCGGGGCAGACGCAGACGCAGACGCAGGAGAGAAGAGAAGGGGGAUAUUAUGCCUACUCUAGAUUGCAGAUUUCUAUACAUGCAUUUUACACACACACACACACUCAUGCAGUUACAUAAGUCACUGAACUAAUGACAAGUGAUGAGACAAUUAUUACCACAAGCUGAUUAUCUGAGGUGCAAGCUUAUACAUUAAAAUAUGUCUGUUACAAACAACAAAAAUAUAAAAACUAAAUUAUAAGAUUAUGUGAUCAUCAAUCAAGAGAUAAACACCAGUACAUGCUGAACACACUCAUACACAAACAGACACAUACACACUCAGAAACAAGCACACUUCAUGUUUUUGGAUAAUCAAAUGGAACUAGGUGGUGGGGUAGCCAUGUCAACUGUAAUUAUGUGAAACUUUUAAUACUAAUAUUGUGCCAGUCAUUGGCCUUAUGUCAUUUUUCUUUUUCGAUGCAUUAAUAUGCUCUCAGCUAUUCAUUGCAUAUGUUUUUCCUUUUUAAUUCUGAUUUGGUUUGGUGUGUGGAAGAGUGUGUAACUAGAGUCGUACUAGCUGUUGUUCAGGUGUCGAGGUAAGGCCUUGGAGGACGGCGAGGCACAGUAAACUGUGUAAAACAGAUUCUGGAGCAAACCCGCUCCAUAGUUUACCGUUUGUCUGGGAUGUGUGAUUGCAUGCAAACCCGCUUUUAACCUUCCACUGACUACGCUGAAUCUGUCACCGGAUGGUAGCCGAGACGGAGCCAGAUCUGACCCGGUUCUGGUAUACUCACAAUCCCGUGUUAGUCCAGGGGCUUGAUAAUCACACAACAGCAAACAAGGGGAUGGAUAUUCACAGACCGUUUGCAAACUCAGUUUAUGAGGUACAGCGCUUCACUAUCUAUCGGUGACAGGUGAACUUGUAUUGAACGGUUUGAAGAUAAUCAUUCGUUUUUGCUGUGGGGUGGUGGUAAACAGUCCGCAUGCUGAAGCGGCUUUAUGGUGUUGUAUAUUUCAGUACCCAACUCUUUGAGCAACUCCAUCAACCAUCUGGGAGUUUCCCUCCCUCUGUGUUAAGGCACUCAGAGUAUUAACCACACAUUUGUGUUUUCCCCCGUCCUGCAAAAUAAUUUAUAUUUCUGAAUACUGCAACAGUUCAAUUAUAUUAUCUCCAUUUCAGGGACACCUCGGUUCAAACUAAUUUAAAAUAGUUAACUGUCAUCUUUUUAUGGACCCAAAUGCAGAUUUGGUCUCUAACAAAAUGUGGAAAAUUUCCUAUGCUCAAAUAAAACACCUCACCACAAAUACAAAA